AUGGAAAUCAUAAUCAUCUCUCUCUGCCUAGCAACAAUCCUAGCCUUUCUUCUCCUAAAACCACUUCUGAAUCGAACCGUUGCCAAAGACAACCUACCACCGUCUCCGUGGCGAGUUCCGGUAAUCGGAAACCUCCACCAGCUAAGCCUCCACCCUCACCGCUCCCUUCGUUCCCUCAGCCACCGCUACGGGCCACUCAUGCUCCUUCAUUUUGGCCGUGUCCCGAUCCUCGUAGUCUCUUCCUCUGACGUAGCUCAUGACCUCAUGAAAACACACGACCUUAAGGUUGCGAACCGCCCGCGAUUAAAAGUGAUUGAAACAAUCCUCAACGGUGGGAGAGAAGUGGUUUUUUCCCCUUACGGAGACUAUUGGAGGCAGAUUAAGACUGUAUGCGUCGUCCAUCUACUCAAUAAGAAAAUGGUACAAUCCUUUGCAAAAGUAAGAGAAGAAGAGAGAAGUGUAAUGAUGGAGAAGGUCGAGAAAGCAAGUUCCGAUUCUUCACCACUAAAUCUAAGCAAGCUUCUUAUAACACUUACAAGCGAUGUGGCAAGUAGAGUUUCUUUUGGGAAAAAACAUAGCAACGAGGCAAGCAUGAGCGAUUUCAAGAAUCAAGUGAGAAAAAUCACUGAGCUGGUAGGCGGAUUUCCGGUUAGCGAAUAUAUCCCGUGUUUGGCGUGGAUAGAUCAAAUUCGUGGUCUGUAUAAUAGAGCGGAGGAAGUGAGUAAAAUUUUUGGAGAUCUUAUGGAUAAAGUGGUGCAAGAGCAUUUAGAUGCUACAAAUAAACCAACAAAGGAUUUCGUCGAUAUAUUGUUGUCCUUUGAAAGACAGAGUAAAGAUGGAAUAGAAGUUCGACGAAGCGACAUUAAGUUCAUAAUCUUGGAUAUAUUUUUAGGAGGAACGACAACAACUAACUCACUACUAGAAUGGACAAUGACGGAGCUUAUUAGACAUCCGGAAUGCAUGAAGAAACUCCAAGACGAGAUUCGCGGCGAUGCGACAAACCUUACUAUAUAUAGAUCACAUGAAGAAGUUGAAGAUAUGAAGUACUUAAAAGCGGUUAUUAAGGAGGGUCUUCGGUUACAUCCCCCUUUUCCAUUACUAGUACUAAGACUAUUGACUCAAGAUGUCAAAUUAAAAGGAUAUGACAUAGCUGCAGGCACACAGGUAAUAACCAAUGCUUGGGCUAUUCAAAGAGACAUUGUGACAUGGGGGAUAGAUGCAGAAGAAUUUAGGCCAGAGAGACACUUAGAUUCACCUCUGGACUUUCGAGGAACAAAUUUCGAAUACAUUCCAUUUGGAUCUGGAAGAAGGAUUUGUCCUGGAAUUGGAUUUGCUAUGGCUUUGGUUGAGGUGACACUAGCCAACCUUGUGAACCGAUUUAACUGGAGAAUGGAUGCUCGGCUUUCGGGGGAUGAAUAUGAUCUAGCUGAAGCAACGGGAAUCGAUGUUUGCCGCAAAUUUCCUCUUAUUGUAUUUCCAUCUAAUGCCUAA